AUUCAACACACAAACAUAUAAAAACUAAAAAUAUAUACAUAAAUCUAUACACACAUACAUACAUCUCAGGUCAAGGUAUAGUCCACCUUCUAGAUACAAGCUCAAUCCUCCUCGCAUGAUGUCGGACUUCUUCAAGUUCAGCAAGAUCUUUGAUAGCCAAACCGUGCGUGGACGCGCCAACGUUGCUAAGGCCACUUGGGCAUCGGUGGGUCUCAUCUAUGUGCUGGUCAAGAUGCAUCGUCGCAAUGCUAAGCGUCGCGAGGCCUUUCAAUAUUGCAAAGGCUGCCAACAGAAGCUGCUGCUCUAACCGUCGAGCAGCAACAGUUCCAUUCGAUGUCCCCCAAUUUCCGUUUGUGUUACGGGCUGCCAAUUGCUUGGACGUUAAGCGUUAACCAAAUUCCUUGUGUUAUGUCUUCAAAAGUUAAUAAAAAUUCGAUCGCAGUUCGAGCAAUGCAA